AUGGCAAAUUGUAGAAUAAUGGGAGCACUUAUGCGUUUUUCACAUAAAAACAUUUAUUUAACAAAAUCAGCAAUAUUACAACCUUUGAGGACACUUGCAAGUAUGUCAGGCAAAAAGCAUUUCAAAUGUAAAGUUGUUGAUGAUGUAGCGGUUAUUACUUUAGAUUCUCCAGGAGCUAAGGUGAACACAUUAAAUUCAGAAGUAAUGGAAGAAAUAGUUGGUGUUUUGAAAGAUAUAGAAAAUAACGCUGCUGUCAGAUCUGCUGUCUUAAUAAGCGGAAAACCAGGUAAUUUUAUCGCAGGUGCAGAUUUGACUAUGUUACAAAAGUGCCAAAGUGAAAAAGAUGGUUAUGAUAUUGCAAAAACUGGCCAACAAAUUUUAAAUACUAUAGCAGAAAGUAAAAAGCCUGUUGUAGCAGCUAUUCAAGGAGGUUGUCUUGGUGGUGGUUUAGAGGUUGCAUUGGCAUGUCAUUAUCGAAUUGCUGUUAAUGAUACUAAAACUGGUCUAGGCUUACCAGAAGUAAUGGUUGGCCUUCUUCCUGGUGCAGGAGGUACACAACGGUUACCUAAACUUAUUUCAGUUCCAAAUGUGCUUGAUAUGGUUCUUACUGGUAAAACUCUUAAAGCGAAGAAAGCUAAAUCACUUGGAUUAGUUGACAUGCUGGUUAACAGUCUUGGUCCAGGUGUAGCAUCACCAGAAGAAAAUACUUUACACUAUUUGGAAGAAAUUGCUAUAAGAACUGCUAAAGAUAUAGUAAAUGGAAAUUUGAAAGUUGAUCGUAAUGCAAAGUCGAUACAAGAUAAAGUUCUAAAUUAUGCUCUAACUUUUGAAUUCGUCAAAAAUCAAAUAUUUAGUAGGGCAAGAGCACAAGUUAUGAAAAUGACAGGAGGACUUUAUCCUGCUCCUUUAAAAAUUUUAGAAGUAGUUCGUACUGGUUUAGAUAAGGGACCAGUUGCUGGUUUUGAGGCAGAAGCUAAGGCUUUUGGUCAAUUAGCUAUUACCCCACAGUGUAAAGGUCUUACAAGUCUCUUUUUUGGGCAGACAGCUUGCAAAAGAAAUCGUUUUGGAGUACCAAAGAAUGCUGUCAAAAAGAUAUCCGUUAUUGGUGCUGGUUUAAUGGGUGCAGGUAUUGCACAAGUAAGUAUUGACAAAGGAUAUCAUGUUGUUUUGAAAGAUACUAAUGAAGCUGGAUUAUACCGUGGAGUGGGUCAAAUUCAGAAAGGUUUAGAUAAUGCUGUAAAAAGACAUCGUUUUUCCAAAAUACAAAGAGAUAAAUAUUUAGCUAAUCUUGAGCCCACGUUACAGUAUGAUUUAUUAAAAAAUACAGAUCUAGUCAUUGAAGCAGUAUUUGAAGAUAUUGCUAUUAAACAUAAAGUCAUCAAAGAAAUUGAGGCCCAUGCUCCAGAAUAUUGUAUUAUUGCAACAAAUACAUCUGCGAUUCCUAUAGCAAAGAUUGCUGCUGGAAGUAGUCGUCCAGAAAAAGUGAUCGGUAUGCAUUACUUCUCACCAGUAGACAAGAUGCAGUUAUUGGAAAUAAUUACUCAUAAGGGUACAGCAGAUGAAACUAUAAAAACAGCUGUAGAAGUUGGUUUAAAACAAGGCAAAACUGUUAUCACGGUUGGAGAUGGACCUGGUUUUUAUACAACAAGAAUACUCUCUGCCAUGAUAUCAGAAGCGAUUAGAUUAAUGCAGGAAGGUGUUGAUCCUGCAGUUUUGGACAAAUUAACCAAAUCAUUUGGAUUUCCUGUAGGAGCAGCAACUUUAUCUGAUGAAGUUGGUAUCGACGUUGGAGCACAUAUCAGUGUAGAUUUAGGAAAAGCUUUGGGUGAACGUUUUUCAGGAGGAAACGUGAAUAUUAUGUCAGAUAUGGUCAAGGCUGGUUUUCUUGGCCGCAAAUCGGGCAAAGGAAUAUUCAUAUAUGAAAAGAAUACAAAGAAUAAAGACGUUAAUUUGGAAGCAUUAAAUAUUUUGAAAAAAUAUGCAAUUGAACCUAAAGGAAGUACUUCCUCUGAGGAUCGUCAAAUGAGAAUGGUGUCUAGAUUUGUCAACGAAGCGGUACUUUGCUUAGAAGAAAAUAUCUUAGCAAAUCCUUUGGAAGGUGAUGUUGGAGCUGUAUUUGGAUUAGGUUUUCCACCGUUUACUGGUGGACCAUUCAGAUGGGUAGAUUCAUAUGGGGCGCACAGAUUGGUAAAAGUUAUGGAAGAAUUUCAAAGUCACUAUGGCGUUGCUUUUAAACCGUGCCAAUUGUUAUACGAUAUGGCAUCUGAUUCAACGAAAAAGUUUUAUAAAUAACAGAAAUGUCCAGUACUUUAAACAUUUAUUUAAAAGAAAGUAUAUGUGCAUUUAUUUUAUAAAUAAGCAUUAUCCUAUGGUAAACUAUGAGAUUUUCAAUAUUUUUUUUAACAUAGUUUCUGUCUGAUUUUAAAACAAUGCAAUUUAUACUGUUAUAUAGUUUAUAAGAUCUUUUCUAAUU